AUGUCAGAUCUAGUCAAGCAACUUCAGAAUUCGUUCAGACAGGAGGGGAUAACUGGGCAACUCUCAGGUUGCAAUGUCCUACUCCCGGUGAGACCCCAACUAUCCGAUUUGCUUGAUCGCGCCUGUUUCGGCCGUCAGAUCUCCACAUCAGACAGAGACAUCGGGUGGUUCCAACUGGGCCCAGAAGAAGCUUUCUAUCUCGCUCAUGCUCUGAGUUGCUUGAAGAUAUCAGACGCGAGCGGAGGUCAACUCAUGGAUGCGGAGCAGCUGCUGAAGCAUAUACGUUCCAGCCGAGAAACGUUCCCCGAUCUCUACAUGGCGUACGCCCAUCUCCGGUCCAAGAACUGGGUUGUGCGGUCGGGGAUCCAGUAUGGGGUUGACUUUGUCGCUUACAGACAUCACCCUGCUCUGGUCCACUCCGAGUACGCCGUUCUCGUGCUCGGGGAAGCCGCCAGCUCUGGCGACAUGAGCCUUUGCACUCGCCUAAGAGAGUGGGCCGAUCUACAGGGCACAUUGAGGGUCUGCGGAAGUGUGGCGAAGGCCUUGCUGGUCAUCACAAUCAAGAGGAACGAUCCACCUGGUGUACCCUUCUUACCUCUGUGCAUGGAGCAGUCAUUCAUCGAGGAGCGGGUGAUGACGAGGUGGAUUCCCCGGCAGCAACGAGACAGCAGUUACCAGGCUUUAUCGUCUCAGGUAACUGCCGAUUAA